AUGUCGACCAGUGCGGAAACUAUUCGCAUCCUCGUCUCAACCGACAACCACGUCGGGUACAAUGAGCGGGAUCCCAUUCGUGGAGAUGACAGCUGGAAGAGCUUCCACGAGAUCAUGUGCCUGGCCAAGGAACGAGAUGUUGAUAUGGUUCUGCUUGCCGGAGAUCUCUUUCAUGAGAACAAGCCAUCUCGCAAAUCCAUGUACCAAGUGAUGCGCUCGAUUCGAAUGAACUGCUUCGGCGACAAACCCUGCGAGUUGGAGAUGCUCAGUGAUGCGAGCGAAACCUUUCAGGGUGCUUUUAAUCAUGUCAAUUACGAGGACCUCGACAUGAAUAUCGCCAUCCCAAUCUUUUCCAUCCAUGGAAAUCAUGACGAUCCUUCAGGCGAGGGUCACCUGGCUGCAUUAGAUCUUUUGCAAGUCUCCGGCUUACUCAACUACUACGGUCGAACUCCAGAGUCAGACAAUAUCGAGAUCAAGCCUGUCCUGCUCCAGAAAGGUCGUACGAAAUUAGCUCUCUACGGCAUGAGUAAUGUGCGUGAUGAGCGCUUGUUCCGCACUUUUCGGGAUGGAAAGGUCAAAUUUUUCCAACCCUCUGUGCAAAAGAGCGACUGGUUUAAUUUGAUGUCCGUGCAUCAGAAUCACCAUGCAUACACCGAGACUGGCUACUUGCCAGAGAACUUUCUACCUGAAUUCAUGGAUUUGGUCGUCUGGGGUCAUGAACAUGAGUGUUUAAUCAACCCAAAGCUUAAUCCAGAGACCAAGUUUCAUGUCAUGCAGCCCGGAUCCUCGGUUGCAACCUCACUGGUCCCGGGUGAGGCUGUGACAAAGCAAGUGGCCAUCCUAAGUAUCACUGGCCGUGACUUCAACUGUGAGCCUAUUCGAUUGAAAUCAGUCCGUCCUUUUGUCAUGCGAGAAAUCGUCUUGUCGGAGGAGAAGGGAGCUAAAAAGUUUGCUCGCAAGGAGGGCAAUCGGACAGAAGUGACACGGUUCCUCAUGUCAAUCGUGGAGGAAUUGAUUGAAGAAGCCAAUGCGGAAUGGCGUGAGACCCAUGGCAUCCAGAACGAAGAGGAUGAAGACGACGAUGAAGAGCCUCGUGAACCACCUCUCCCGUUGGUACGACUUCGCGUCGAGAUAUCUACCCCUGACGGUGGGACCUUCGAAUGCGAGAAUCCGCAGAGAUUCUCAAAUCGAUUUGUGGGCAAAGUCGCUAACGUUAAUGACGUGGUGCAAUUUCACAGAAAGAAGAAGAAUGCGUCCUCUUCUCGAAAGGCUGAUGCCGCCGUUGAUGAAGUGGCAGCUUCACGCCUAGCGGCAUUGGAUACUGUGAAAGUGGAACAGCUGGUCCGAGAAUACCUCGCAUCGCAAUCCCUCAGCAUCCUUCCUCAGAAUUCCUUUGGCGAUGCCGUGGCUCAAUUCAUCGACAAGGAUGAUAAGCAUGCGAUGGAAAUGUUUGUCAAUGACUCCCUCGAGGGCCAGGUCAAGCACCUCAUGAGCUUGGACCGUGAUGAAGAUGACGUGGAUGAUGAGGAGCGGGCUCAUAGCUCUCUAGUCAACGCCAUGGAGAAAUACCGCACACAGUUGGAAGACAUGUUCAACAAGGGCGUCAAGAAACGCACACGUGGAAAGAAGAGAUUCAAGCCGAAGCCAGACGGCUGGGAUACCGAAUUUGAUGGCGAGUGGGAGGAUCAGCCUGGUGCCUUGAUUCAUUCUGAUAAUGAGGGUGGGGAUCCCGCUGAAGAAGAGGCUGGAGAAGAUGGUUCUGCGCCUCCGCGACGAGGUACUGCCACUACCACGGGAUCUACUCGAGGCCGGGGUCGAGGGAGGGGAGGUAGAGGAGCUGCUUCUACUUCCCGGGCUGCAGCAACCAAAACUGCUGCUGCUUCAGCCAGAGGACGCAACAAGAAAGCUGUCUCAGACGAAGAGUCAGAGGAUGUCAUCAUGCUAGAUGAUGAUGACGAUGAUGAGGCGAAUGCCAACAUCAUCUCUGAUGAAGAUGACGACUCGCAGGCUUUGUUCGUGAAGCAACCGCGUGCCGCGACGGCUUCGAGGGGACGCAAAUCCACGACCACGACAUCAACUCGAGGUCGCGGAGGUCGGGCGGCGGCUUCACCAGCCCCAUCAUCGGCCACUGUCGGUGGCACUGCUACACGCCGAGGUGCUACUCGAGCUGGGAAACCAACUCAAACAACGUUGGACUUUACUGCGUCACAAGCUAGCACAGCGCGUUCAUCACGGGCUGCUCGGUCAACUCGAAAUGUCAGUGUCAUUAGUGAUGGCGUUGACGAUGAUGAUGAUGACGACGAUGCCUUUGAGCCGAUGAGUACCUCCACGUCUCGUCGGCGGCGGUGA